UUCAGCACUGGAGUAGCAGCUUGUUGGAGUGAGUGCACCGCUGUCUUUGCGCUCUGACCGGAGGGGGGUGGCUCUUCCUGAUUGAAUCCAGCUGUUGGGAAUGUGCUCAGAGGGGGCCAGUCAAUUUGCAUUGCUAAAUAAUGUGUAGAGCCAACAGAGUGGAGCAGAAACGGACCAGUCCGUUUUGAAAAGGCAUUCCUGCGACACUUGGUCAAUGUACCGAAGCUUCAGCUCCACCAGACAGCGGUCAACGACAACCUGGUGUCGGCUUUCGCGUAAAGGCGCAUAGUUGGGGGGUGGCGACAGCCUUGCAGGGUGGUGGCGAGGGGAUUUGGGAAGAAUUUUUCGGGUCAUCUAAAUCUUUAUUCUGAGAAAACAUAAACCAUGCUUUUUGAAAUAAGUGGCUUCAAGUUUUGCUCUUCUGCAAGGAUGUUUGCAGCUCUGGUAUUCAUUCUGCUUUGCAUCCAGCCUGGACAUGGACAGACCUGCACAGAAGGUUUUGCAUAUGACCGCAGGGCGAGACAGUGUGUAGAUGUGGAUGAGUGCCGUACCCUGCCAGAUGCUUGCCGAGGAGACAUGCGCUGUGUGAACCAGAACGGAGGCUACCUGUGCAUCCCGAGGAGCUUGUACAACCAGCCGUACAGACCGGAGACCCCGGCCCUGCCUGAGCCAAUUUACCCAGACCCAUCGGGCGGAGACACCUUCCUCCAAGGUCCUCCGAGGUCAGUGGAACCCAGCUACCCCAGAGUGAGGACCACUGCGCAGUGCAUCCUGGGAUAUACUCCUGCAGAGGAUGGCACCUGUAAUGACAUCGAUGAAUGUGAGACAAACUCUCAUCACUGUAACCCCACCCAGGUCUGCAUCAACACAGCAGGGGGCUACACCUGUUCCUGCACUGAAGGAUUCUGGCUCAUUGGGGGGCAGUGCCAGGAUAUUGAUGAAUGUCGCUAUGGUUACUGCCAACAGCUGUGUGCCAAUGUCCCCGGCUCUUAUUCCUGCUCUUGUAACCCCGGCUUCAUCCUCAACCCGGACAGCAGGACCUGUCAAGAUGUGGAUGAGUGUGAAGAUGAGCCGUGCAGUCACGGCUGCUUUAACACCUACGGCUCCUUCAUGUGCAACUGUGACGAGGGAUUUGAGUUGGCGGCCGACGGUACUUCUUGCAUCGAUUUGGAUGAGUGCAGCUUCUCUGAGUUUCUGUGUCAGCACAGAUGUGUGAACACCCCCGGGUCCUUCUCCUGCAUCUGCCCGCCUGGAUAUUAUGUAAACGAGGACGGCAGGAGUUGUGAAGAUAUCAAUGAAUGUGACACUGGUAACAACACCUGUACAACAGCACAAGUAUGUUUCAAUUUCCAGGGAGGCUAUACAUGCCUGGAUGCUUUACAGUGUCACUCGCCUUACAUCGAAGUCACUGACAAUCAGUGUAUGUGUUCAGCUGAGAACCCUGCCUGCAGGGACAAACCCUUCACUGUUCUGUACCGACACAUGGACUUGUCGUCGGGGCGCAGUGUGCCUGCUGACAUCUUCCAGAUGCAGGCCACCACACGCUACCCCGGCGCCUUCUACAUCUUCCAGAUAAAGUCGGGCAACGAAGGACGAGAGUUUUACAUGAGGCAAACCAGUAACGUGAGCGCCACCCUGGUCUUGUCCCGGCCGAUCAAGGGGCCCAGAGAGUUGGUGCUGGACUUGGAGAUGGUCACGGUCAACAACGUCAUCAACUUCCGAGGCAGCUCCAUCAUACGUCUGACGGUAUUUGUGUCAGAGCACCCGUUCUGAGCGUCCCAAACCAACCUCAGCGCCCACCAAAGAAUCAAGCUGCACUCAUCUGCAUUGAUGUAAUGUUCCUUUGAGACAGCUCAUGGCCCUUUUUUUGUUUUUUUAAAUCAUUGUGUCAUCCUCAAGAAAGACACGUCCGAUAAAGACUCAGCCAAGUCCGGCUGAUGGGAAAGCAUCCCCGUGCUCGAAUCCCCGCCCUGCUUUAAUGGACACGGAGCUUUUUAUGGCUGCAAUAAGGACUUUCGACACAGAGACAUAUUUAUGGUGUACAAUUUCUGACAUUCUCUAUUUAGAAAAUGAGCCCAAAACUGAUGGAAAUUACCCUCACUAUAUCACAAGUAUAUACAUACAAUACAGGUUUUCUUCUCACAAGUUUCCGCAGUUGUCUAUGAAUUUUAAUCCCUUCAGAUAAGCUGUGAAAGAGACAUUCAUGUGCCUGAAUUCAAAUACUGUCAUUGCAUCAUGAAUGCCAUCAUCAGAUCAUUGUCCUGUUUGUUUUUCAUGAGACGGGAGGAGAGCCGGGU